UGUGCAGGGCUGUGCGUAAGUCAAUACCAUUGCGCAGUUUAUAUAUUAUAACGUUACCGGCCUCUGUAGACAAACAAGCGAGGUGCUACCACCACAUUUCCGUGCAGUGAACUCAGAAGACGAAACAACACCAACUAUGGCGGAGGAAAGCGAGAAAAGGGUUCCGAGACCCAAGAAGCAGUUCAAGAGGCCGGAAAUAAAACCUUACAAGGUUAAGAACCUGUCGGCGUUUGAUGUGAAGAUCCCAGAGUGCCACGGGGAGUCCCUACUGCUUCCCAGGGAGGACAGACUGGCCAUCGCCGUGCCGAGAAGUACCAUCACACCCGACAUGAGCGCAGAGGAUUGGGUGAGGGCUUACAUACGCAUGCGCAAUGCCACCGUGAACUACGACAGGCUGUUCAUGGAGAUAGUGAACUACCUGGAGAAGGGACCGGAAGAUUUUGACAAAAUGGACGUAGUUGCGCUGUUAGAAGCCCUGGUGGAGCACGCGGAGUCUGCUGAGAUCUAUGACAUGGAGAUGUGGCACAGGAAGCUGUGGCAGAUGAAGGUGUCCUCCGGCUGGGAGGAGUGCUACCAGAUCUGGUACGACUACAGCGACUAUUGAUUGAGGAGUGCUACUAUA